AUGUUCCAGAGAACCUUCCUCAGACAGGCCCAGCGGUCUCUCCUUGCCGUCCGCCCUACCUCCACCACCACAUCGGCUCUCCGUCGCACGUCACAGAUCCCCCAGGUGGUCCGUCCAAUUGCCCGCCAGUCUGCCUACCGCUUCUACUCCACUGAGAACGGUGAGCAGAAGACCGAGGCUGCCACUGAGGAGGCCGAGGACCCGGUCCGCAAGGAGCUCGAAGAGAAGAAGAAGGAAGCUCUUGAUUUGAAGGACAAGUUGCUUCGUUCCAAGGCCGACUUCCUCAACCUGCAGGAGCGCACUAAGCGUGAUAUGGAGAACUCUCGUAACUUCGCCAUCCAGCGCUUUGCGGGCGAUCUUCUCGAGUCCAUCGACAACUUUGACCGCGCCUUUCUUGCCGUUCCCAAGGAAAAGCUCGAUGCUCCCCAGACUGAGGCCAACAAGGACUUCUUGGAGCUCGUCUCUGGUCUGAAGAUGACCCAGAACAUUCUCCUGAACACCCUGAAGAAGCAUGGUCUUGAGCGCUACGACCCUAGCGAGCUCACCGAGGAGGGCAAGGCCCAGAAGUUCGACCCCAACCUUCACGAGGCCACCUUCAUGGCCAAGGUCGAGGGCAAGGAGGACGGCGACAUCAUGUACACUCAGAGCACUGGUUUCCGCCUCAACGGCCGCGUCCUGCGGGCUGCCAAGGUCGGUGUCGUCAAGAACAACUAG